AUGAAUGGCCUCUCUCGCCUUGAGUACAGAGGCUAUGACUCCGCCGGUUUCGCCGUCGACGGCGACAAGAAGAAUGAGGUCUUUGCGUUUAAAGAGGUGGGUAAAGUGGUUAAGCUCCGAGAACUAGUCGCUGCCUCCGGCGUCGACAUGACAAAGAUCUUUGAUUCUCAUGCUGGUAUUGCACACACUCGUUGGGCUACCCACGGCCAGCCCUCCAGGUUGAACUGCCAUCCACACAGAUCCGACCCCAAGUGGGAGUUUGCCGUCGUGCACAAUGGUAUCAUCACAAACUACAAAGAGCUCAAGGCCCUUCUCGAGGGCAAGGGCUUCAAAUUCGAAACCGACACCGAUACUGAAUGCAUUGCAAAACUUGCCAAAUUUCUCUACGACUCCCACCCCGACAUUGACUUCACUACCCUUGCAAAGGCUGUCAUCAAAGAGCUCCAGGGUGCUUUCGGUCUGCUCCUCAAGUCUGUCCACUACCCCCAUGAAGUCAUCGCAGCCCGAAAGGGUUCUCCAUUGGUUGUGGGUGUCAAGACUGCCAAGAAGAUGAAGGUUGAUUUCGUCGACGUUGAGUACUCCGAGGGCGGUGGCGCUCUUUCUGCCGAGCAGGCGAACCACAAUGUUGCUGUCAAGAAGUCUUCAGCGGGUCUUUUGUCCCCAGGCGCAGGCCUCCUCGCUCCUCCAGACAAAUCUCUGCUCCACAGAUCGCAAUCCCGAGCUUUCCUGUCUGACGAUGGCAUGCCCCAGCCAGCUGAGUUCUUCCUGUCCUCCGAUGCCUCCGCUCUCGUCGAGCAUACCAAGAAGGUUCUUUACCUCGAAGAUGAUGACAUUGCACACAUCCACGAAGGACAGCUCAAUAUCCACCGUCUUUCCAAAGACGACGGCACUAGCAAUGUCCGUGCAAUCCAGACCAUCGAGCUCGAACUUCAGGAAAUCAUGAAGGGCAAGUUUGACCACUUUAUGCAAAAGGAGAUCUUUGAGCAACCCGAGUCCGUUGUCAACACCAUGCGUGGUCGCUUGGACGUUGCAAACAAGACUGUCACUCUAGGUGGCCUGAAGCAGUACAUCAGCACCAUCCGAAGAUGCAGAAGGCUCAUCUUCAUUGCUUGCGGCACCAGCUUCCAUUCUUGCAUGGCGGUUCGCGGUGUUUUUGAAGAAUUGACGGAAAUUCCAAUCGCUGUUGAACUGGCGUCCGAUUUCCUGGAUCGGCAGGCACCUGUGUUCCGAGACGACACCUGCGUCUUUGUGUCCCAGUCUGGUGAGACUGCUGAUUCCCUCAUGGCUCUCCGCUACUGCUUGGAGCGUGGCGCCCUUACAGUUGGUGUUGUCAAUGUGGUUGGCUCCUCCAUCUCCAUGCUUACACACUGCGGUGUCCACAUCAACGCUGGCCCUGAGAUCGGUGUCGCCUCCACCAAAGCGUAUACGUCUCAGUUUGUUGCCAUGGUUAUGUUCGCUUUGUCACUUAGUGAGGACCGAGCAUCAAAAGCUCAACGCCGUCAUCAGAUCAUCGAAGGCCUUGGAAAGGUCAGCGAACAGUUUAGAGAGAUCCUCAAACUCAACGACUCCAUCAAGGAGAUGUGCGCCAAGUUCUUGCAAAAUCAGAAGUCGUUAUUGCUGCUUGGACGUGGAAGCCAGUACUCUACUGCUCUAGAAGGUGCACUGAAGAUCAAGGAAAUUUCCUAUCUUCACUGUGAGGCUGUCAUGUCCGGAGAGCUCAAGCACGGUGUGUUGGCUCUUGUGGAUGAAAAUCUCCCUAUCAUUAUGAUCUUGACGCGGGACGAUAUCUUCGCCAAGUCUUUGAACGCAUAUCAACAAGUGAUUGCUCGCAGUGGGCGACCCAUUGUCAUUUGCAACAAGGACGACCCAGAAUUUCCACCUUCCAAGACAGAGCGUAUUGAAGUCCCUCAAACCGUAGAUGCUCUGCAAGGUCUGUUGAAUGUGAUUCCUUUGCAGUUGAUUGCGUAUUGGCUCGCCGUUGCUGAAGGUUUGAACGUCGACUUCCCUCGUAACUUGGCCAAGUCUGUCACUGUUGAAUAG